UCCGGCUGCGCUGGUGUGUGAGAGCGGCGCGCGCACCCCAAUCAUUCCGCCUCACCGAGCCCCCUCUCCCCUCUCUCUGUGUUUUAGCGGAGUUUACUUCAUGACGGCCCCUCCCUGACCGUUAUUAUAAUUCAUAAUUUAGAGAAAACCCUUAUUUCACUCAUUAUCUUUUCUAGAAGCGAGCAGCUGCGCCUGAGUGAGGGGGGGGUCUGUGUUUUUCCGCGCUCUAUACUGACGGACCUGCUCGUCGUGCUCCGUCUUUUCUCUGCUGGCUGCCUGAGAGACACCAACGGCUAUCUGAACGACCGAAGAGACCGCACCGACUGACUGCGCCAAAAUGGGGUAUGGACGGUCGGACAGCUACCGUGUGGCAACCACACAGGACAAUGAUGAAAAAGAAUCUCCCAAAAAGAAAGGGGGGAAGGAUAUGGAUGACCUGAAGAAGGAAGUACCAUUGACGGAACAUAGGAUGUCCAUUGAGGAAGUGUGCCGGAAGUACAACACUGAUAUUGUGCAGGGUCUGACUAAUGCAAAAGCAGCUGAAUAUCUGGCCCGGGAUGGUCCUAACGCUCUCACCCCUCCCCCCACCACCCCAGAGUGGAUAAAGUUUUGCCGGCAGCUUUUCGGGGGCUUCUCCAUUCUGCUGUGGAUUGGAGCUAUUCUUUGCUUCUUGGCUUAUGCCAUCCAGGCUGCCACUGAGGAUGAGCCAGCCGGAGACAAUUUGUACCUGGGUAUCGUGCUGUCUGCUGUGGUCAUCAUUACGGGUUGCUUCUCCUACUUUCAGGAAGCUAAGAGCUCUAAGAUCAUGGAGUCCUUCAAAAACAUGGUGCCCCAGCAAGCGUUAGUUAUUCGUGAGGGUGAGAAGCUCCAGAUUAAUGCUGAGGAGGUGGUGGCUGGAGACUUGGUGGAAGUGAAAGGAGGAGACAGGAUCCCUGCUGACCUUAGGAUCAUAUCUGCUCAUGGCUGCAAGGUUGACAACUCUUCUCUGACUGGCGAGUCGGAGCCUCAGACAAGGUCACCUGACUGCACCCAUGACAACCCCUUGGAAACUCGCAACAUCGCAUUUUUCUCUACCAACUGUGUUGAAGGUACGGCCCGCGGUAUUGUGGUAUGCACUGGAGAUCGCACUGUCAUGGGCCGCAUCGCUACUCUGACUUCUGGCCUUGAGACUGGCAAGACACCCAUUGCCAAAGAGAUUGAACACUUCAUUCAAAUUAUCACGGGCGUGGCCGUCUUUCUGGGCGUCACCUUCUUCAUUUUGUCCAUCAUCCUUGGCUACUCCUGGUUGGAGGCUGUCAUCUUCCUGAUCGGCAUCAUUGUGGCAAACGUGCCCGAGGGCCUACUGGCUACUGUCACUGUGUGUCUGACCCUUACAGCUAAGCGCAUGGCUCGUAAGAACUGUCUGGUGAAGAACUUAGAGGCUGUAGAGACUCUGGGUUCUACCUCCACCAUCUGCUCCGACAAGACUGGCACUCUAACACAGAACCGCAUGACUGUUGCCCAUAUGUGGUUUGACAAUCAGAUCCAUGAGGCUGACACCACAGAGGACCAGUCUGGCACAUCCUUUGAUAAGACAUCAGUGACUUGGGUGUCUCUCGCCCGCGUUGCAGCACUUUGUAAUAGAGCAGUGUUUAAGGCAGGACAGGAAUCUCUGCCAAUUCUGAAGCGAGAUGUGGCUGGUGAUGCCUCUGAGUCAGCCCUGCUGAAGUGUAUCGAGCUCUCCUGUGGUUCAGUCAAAGCCAUGAGGGACAAGAACAAGAAAGUGGCUGAGAUUCCCUUCAACUCCACAAACAAGUAUCAGCUUUCAGUACACGAGACAGAAGAGCCCAGCGACAAUCAUUACCUGCUGGUGAUGAAGGGCGCACCAGAACGCAUUCUGGACCGCUGCUCCACCAUCAUGGUGCAGGGCAAGGAACAGCCCAUGGAUGAGGAGAUGAAGGAGGCUUUCCAGAAUGCCUACUUGGAACUGGGAGGACUAGGAGAGAGAGUGCUUGGUUUCUGCCAUUUGUUUAUGCCUGAGGAUCAGUACCCCAAAGGCUUUGCCUUUGAUACAGAUGAUGUCAAUUUCAAAACAGAUAAUAUGUGCUUUGUGGGACUAAUGUCAAUGAUCGACCCUCCACGUGCUGCAGUACCAGAUGCUGUGGGCAAAUGCCGAUCAGCUGGAAUCAAAGUCAUCAUGGUAACAGGAGACCACCCAAUCACAGCCAAAGCCAUUGCCAAGGGUGUAGGAAUCAUCUCUGAAGGAAACGAAACAGUAGAAGAUAUCGCUGCCCGUCUUAACAUCCCUGUCAGCCAGGUUAAUCCCAGGGAUGCCAAGGCCUGUGUGAUUCAUGGCUCAGAUCUGAAGGAACUGACCCAGGAGCAGAUGGAUGAUGUGCUUAAGAACCACACAGAGAUUGUCUUUGCUCGGACCUCGCCACAGCAGAAACUUAUAAUUGUAGAGGGCUGCCAGAGACAGGGUGCCAUUGUGGCUGUGACUGGUGACGGUGUGAAUGAUUCACCUGCUCUUAAAAAGGCUGACAUUGGUGUUGCCAUGGGAAUCUCUGGUUCAGAUGUAUCCAAGCAGGCAGCUGACAUGAUCCUCCUGGAUGACAACUUUGCCUCUAUCGUCACUGGUGUGGAAGAAGGGCGUCUGAUCUUUGAUAACCUGAAGAAGUCCAUUGCCUACACUCUGACCAGCAACAUUCCUGAAAUCACCCCCUUCCUGUUCUUCAUUUUGGUUAACAUUCCUCUUCCUCUUGGGACCAUUACCAUUCUCUGCAUUGACCUUGGAACUGACAUGGUUCCUGCCAUCUCUUUGGCCUAUGAAGCAGCAGAAAGCGACAUCAUGAAGCGUCAACCCCGCAACCCCCUGAGGGACAAACUGGUCAAUGAGCGUCUUAUCAGCAUUGCCUAUGGACAGAUUGGAAUGAUUCAGGCUCUGGGUGGAUUCUUCGCCUACUUUGUGAUCAUGGCUGAGAACGGAUUCCUGCCCUCACGUUUGGUGGGCAUUCGGCUCAACUGGGAUGAUCGUUCAAACAAUGAUCUAGAGGACAGCUACGGCCAGCAGUGGACCUACGAACAGAGGAAGAUUGUUGAGUUCACCUGUCACACAGCCUUCUUUGUCAGCAUUGUGGUGGUGCAGUGGGCCGACGUCAUCAUCUGCAAGACCAGACGCAACUCUGUGUUCCAACAGGGCAUGAAGAACAAGAUCCUGAUUUUUGGCCUGUUUGAGGAAACAGCACUGGCUGCCUUCCUCUCUUAUUGCCCAGGCAUGGAUGUGGCUCUUAGGAUGUACCCACUCAAGCCCAGCUGGUGGUUCUGUGCAUUCCCAUAUAGUUUCCUAAUCUUUGUUUAUGACGAGAUCCGAAAACUCAUCCUGCGCCGCAACCCAGGAGGUUGGGUUGAAAAGGAAACCUACUAUUAAAUUAUCAGUUCAUUCUUUACACUUCAUUCAGUCCCCCGUUUCCUGCACUUCCCUUUCCUCUCCUUCUCUCCCUUUCUCUCUUUCCAUCACCUUUCCCUUAUUCCUUCUCAUCAUAUCCAACUCCUAAAGAAGCCGCAAAAAGGACCAUCACUCCCCAUGACACAUUCCUCUAUCAAAAUGGAUCAAACGGAAAAUGCCAAGAGAAUUAGAGGACCAACACCAGAGCAGAGGAGUCCACCCUCCUUUCUCUACUACUGCCUUUUUUAUGUUCUGACCCAAAGACUACAGCUUAGUCUGCCAGUUUUACGUUGUGCUGUUAGUGAAUAUUAUUAACCACACUGCCAGUGUUGUAACAAACACUAGUGUCAGACAAACAAAAAGCUUAACACUUAAAUUCAGUUCAGACCAACUAGGAUGCCAAGCGUCCUGAACACACACUGCCACUUCAUUUCUGUCACUCACAGCAAUGGUGAACCUUUCCUCUUUUUGUAUUUUCACUUCUCUCAUAGUGUUCUUGUUUUCCCGUCCCAGUGUCUAAAGAGAUUUGCAUUGAAUCAGAUCUGCUCAGUUUACAGAUCUGCCUUUAACAGUCAAAACUCACUCUCGCCCUCCACAGGAGGAAAAUAUAACAGCACCCUCUCACCUCUGGUCCGUUCCUCUUCUUCAAUACCCUGCAUUCCUCCCUCUCUUCUCUCUCCUCUUUCUGCUACCGUGUUGUUUUUUGAUAGACAACUGAUUUUCUUUUGUAAUUGUUGGUUCUUGUUAUGUUAGAAAAUGCUUCUGAAAGCUGCUUGUUUUCAUUUUGGUUUUUUUUGGACAUGACAAAGCACACUGCCACUUCGUCACUCUCCUCUUUCACACACUUCUUCUUUCCCGUCCUCCUUUUCCUGCACUGCCCUUCUUUCCUCCUUCCUCCCUCUUUCCCCAUUUCUGUCCGUUUGUCUGUCCGUCUGUUUGUGAAUGCUGUGAACGAACCUUCUUCCCAAUCCUGCUCCUCUCCCUUCUCUCCUCCCUCUCCCCUGUUCAGAAAAAGAAAAAAUACAAUCUUUCUGUGUCCUAGGAAAAAGAGAUUUCUCUCCAAUUUCAUUAUUUAAAUAAGUGAGGAAAAUAGAAAAAAAAACAGGAUAUGGCAAUGUAUCUUAUGUGCGAAACAGCAGCAAGAAAAUGAAAUAAAAAAGAAGGAUCUCUCUUU